AGCAGUAAGAUGUAUGUUAAAUAUCACCAAGCAGUGAUUCUCCUGAUCGUUUUCAGUCUCAGUUACAUUACUGGCCAUUCAUGUAACUCAAGUGCACCUGAAAUACAAGGUAACAUCACUGUCAAGUACACUAUCAGGAACAAAUUAGUGGAACCUAAGUUUGAAUAUGAACGAAACGUGACGUCAUAUGCGGGUCAACCAUUCAUAAGGUUCAUGGAACAAGCUGCUGAUGACGACAAAAUCUAUCGGUUUUCAUCCAAAUACUAUGGUAGUCUUGGAUACUUUAUUGAAAAACUAGGAAUGGACAGAGAGUAUGUCCCAGGUUUGACCUAUUGGCAGUUCUUAAAAGCGCCAUCUACUAUCUUGCCUGUCGGCGUGAGUACCUAUGUGCCAAUGGACGGUGACCACCUGAUCUUUGAUUAUGUACUACAAGGAAAUUGCAGUAGUUACAGCCCCCAGCACCGUUCUUCGGGAAAAGCUAGCCCAUUAUCAUGUGGACACUGGGCUGCAGCAGGAGUAUGUUUAGUAAUCACAUACCUUUAUUUUAUUGUGUAAAACAACACAUUUAGCUACAAGAAUAAACUUCGCGUCCAUAAUAACCAUUGAGAAUGAAUUAAAAUUAUUGCUACAACGAUUUUAAAAAAAAGUAGAUUUAUUUCUGUACAUUAAAUAUUUUGUUGAACAAAGGAGAAAAAUACGUACAACCAAGGUCUAGCCAUCGUUGCAUGCUACGGGUUUUGUGGCCAU